AUGGCCAUGUCAUAUGGUGCUGUGAUGACACGAUCAGUGUGGUCUUGUAAUCUUGAAGCUGAGUUUGAAUUAAUUCGUAGAGCGAUCAAAUUCUUUCCUUUCAUCUCUAUGGACACAGAGUUUCCUGGUGUCAUCUUUCAGUUGGAUCCAGCCUUUCGACAACCAAAAAAUAACUACGCGAUGAUGAAAGCCAACGUGGACCGUAUGCAUCUCAUCCAAGUUGGGUUGACCCUUUCAGAUCGUCAUGGCAACCUUCCAACCUUCGGAACCUCGAACCGCUUCAUUUGGGAAUUCAACUUUUGUGAGUUUGAUGUCACACGCCAUCUUCAUGCUCCACAAUCCAUUGCCCUUCUCCAAAGCCAAGGCAUGGAUUUUCAUAAGAAUCGAAGUUUUGGAGCCAACAUCAUGCGAUUCGUUGAGCUCUUGAUGUUCUCAGGACUCCUUUGCAACAAUCACAUUCAUUGGAUUACUUUUCAUGGUGCUUAUGAUUUUGCCUACAUGAUAAAAGUAUUGAGCCACCGUUUUCUACACAUGCAACCACUUCUACCUCCCAACUUGGGUGACUUUCUACAUCUCGUUAAAUUCUUCUUUGGACAAGAAGUAUAUGAUGUUAAAUAUCUCAUAAAAUUUUGUCCCAACCUUUAUGGUGGUUUAGACAGAGUCAGUAAGUCCCUAGGUUUGGAUAAUAGUGCCAGAAAAAGUCAUCAUGCAGGUUCCGAUAGUUUGGUCACUCUACAUGUUUUUAAAGAGAUUAAAAGACUUUAUUUUCAUACUGAUGAUGACUUGAAAAAAUAUGUAGGUGUUGUUUAUGGUUUAGAGAUGUUUUGA